GAUGGACCUUGGCCUUGCCGUGCUAUCCCUCACGCGUUUCCUCGCCAAUAAUGCGCUUGCUGCAAGCUGGCUGUCGAGCACCCAAAAUCUCAGAUGUGCUGCCCUGAAAGACACUCUUCGAGUAGAGAACACUACCGUCGUGGAGGCUUCUUUCCUCCCAGCAGGAAGUACCAUCCCGGCGCACGAAAGCUGUCCGUACUCCUCCGGGCGCACAGCAACACCCCUCUGUCGCGUCCAAUUCGUUACCCAAACAAGCGAAGGAUCGUCGAUCCGCGCCGAGGCAUGGCUUCCUGACGAAUGGCAUGGCCGCUUUCUGGGCGUCGGGAAUGGUGCGCUGGGUGGAUGUAUCAACUACGCAGAUCUCGCAUAUGGCUCUGCGCUCCACUUCGCCGCCGUCGGCUCAAACAACGGGCACGAUGGCAACAGCGGCGAGGCGUUCUUCCUAAACCCUGAGGUCGUCGAAGACUUUGCUCACCGCUCCAUCCACGUGGAGGCUGUGGUCGGGAAGCAGAUCACCGAGGCAUACUACGGCCAGCCGCACCGCAAAGCCUUCUACCUAGGAUGUUCGACGGGCGGCCGACAGGGAACGCAGGAAGCCCUCAUGUACCCAGAGGACUUUGAUGGAAUCCUGGCCGGUGCACCCGCCACUGACUUCAAUCAUCUCCUCCACUGGUCUGGCAUGCUUAGUCGAUACAUCGGUGCCCCAGGGACCCCUACGUUCCUGUCCGCCCGGGAUUGGAAACUUGUCGCUGAAGAGAUCUUGCAUCAGUGCGACAUGCUAGACGGUAUUCGUGACGGGAUCAUCACCGAGCCCGAUGCAUGCCUCUUCCGUCCGGAUGUACUCGCUUGCUCCACACGAGCCGAAGAUGUAACCUGUCUCUCUCCCGAGCAAGUCGAGGUGCUACACAAGAUCUACAGUCCGCUCUACGACAACGGCACGCUUAUCUAUCCGAGAGUCGACCCUGGGGUGGAGAUGCGCUACGCACGGAUAGUCCUCAGCGGGACCGUUCCUCGUUCUCUUCGAGAUUGGUUUCGAUUUGCUGUGAUCAAUGAUACAGCAUUCGAUUUUGGCACCUACGGACCAGAGCAUGGCAGGCUCAUGGAUGCGGUGAAUCCUGGGGGCGUCGCUACGUUUUCUGGCAACUUGACCGCGUUUCGCGAUCGGGGUGGGAAAUUUCUCACAUUCCACGGCCGGAUGGAUGGUCUCAUUACCUCUGGAAACUCUAAGCGCAUGUACGACCUUGUGUCGCAAACGUUAGAUAUGUCCACACUGGAUCCAUUCUACCGUCUGUUUCUCGUGCCUGGGCUCGGUCAUUGCACAGGAGGUCUUGGGUCUCCCAACUUCGGGCAGUCAGGCGAAGCUUUGCCUAGUGCCGUCAAUGCAAGCUCCCACAACCUGCUUCUGGCCUUGGUCGACUGGGUCGAGAACGGCGUUGGCCCUGAACACAUGGUCGGUACCUCGGAUGAUGGAAAGAGGGAACGCAUCCAUUGUCGUUAUCCCAUGUCGAGUGUCUGGGCUCCAAAACAGAGGACAUGGCUCUGCAUGUAAUUCGGAUAUCUCCCCAUACGCAACCGAGUCUUGCAAGGCACCAUGCCACCAAAUUACAUGUACAUUCCAUCGAAGACACCCAGAACAGCCUACAAUCCCGUCACCAUAUACAACUACACCGUUGACUGUGCUUCAGUCGCAGCUUGAUGUUCGCGGAAUCUGUCUAUCAGGUCCUUGACUGUGUUAGGGUGGACCACAUUAUGCCAGUCUGUCCCCUCCGCCUUCGAUUUUUCAUAGGCAGCAAUAACAGUGUCUUGCCAACCAGUGCCUGCGCUAGGAGUUCAAUGGAAACGAAUCGAAUCAAAGCAUGCGACAUGCCAUAGUAGAUCUGGGCUUCGAGGAACUCUUCCGAGUUGUAGUCUUCGUCGUGAUCCUUGCGAGGUGCGACGCCUGCAGUCGUCCAAUCAGCUAGAGGCACUAGAAAACAAGCGAAGCCACGCACCGUAUGUGUCUUCCAUGACUAGCCUCCUACGACUCUUCAUCACCUCAUUCCGCUUCCUCGUCUUUGCGGUCAAGAUCAAGUAGAACAAGUUGCCGAUCACAUGGACUGCCUUCAUCUUGAGGUCCUCCGCGCUGCACGAUUCGGCGUGGCGCGCUGCAAGACAGCGCUCGACGAAUUCGGGUGUGUACAACAUCCCGAGGUUCUUCGCGGUCGAACCGACGGGGCAGAUCUUAAGCGGGUCGACGGUCCCCUGG